CUACCCUGCAAAGGAAGAUCUGCAUAGCCGCGGUGAUUGUCCCCUCACCCUCACCCAGCAGCCGAACCAUUCUCUACCACCGCAUGAACUCGGACGCCAAAUUGUGACUUAUCACAUGCCAAACCACCGAGUUUAUCCAGGAGUCGGAAGGGGUUCUGCCUCUUCAUAACCGCUGGGGUCAACGAGACCCCUCCAACCACCGGCCUGAAGAACCUCCUCGCCUUUGUGACAGCACCAACACCAUGAGUGGAACACAUCCCAAGCCACAGGACUCGAUGAAGUCCACGUGGCGCCAGAUUGAGCGCAAGCAGUGGAGGUAUCCUCACUGGAUGAUCGAGCUCCUGGGCAUCCACCACAUCAAUCUGGAUCAAGAGGUUCCUGUCCACGCCAAAGAUGCGAAGAUGCCCUAUCUCCCCGAAUACUCGCUUCACCGCUGGAUUCUCUGGCACGCCCUGCUCCCCCUGCUCGUGCACCAGCUCUAUGUCACCUACACUGGCCACGCGAUGAGCCGGGUCGGCGCCUUCGUCUUCUACAGCGUCGCCUUCAAAUUGAUCGCCGUUCACCAACUGCACGUCUUGCGCCGACUCGGCCAUGUGGUCGGCUUCUUCGAUGGCGACCAACAUCCGCGCGACGGGGUCCCCGACGUGGGGAUUGGCAAAGUCGUCCAGUCCCUCCUGUCGACCUCCACCUUCCGCCCCGUCAUGACCGUCUUCUUGGCCUACCAACCCAGUCAAGCCCCCUCACACAUGAGCUGGACCUGGCUGAUGCUCGAAAUCGGGCUAUAUGGGAUCGUCCUCGAUUUCUGGUUCUACUGGUAUCACCGCCUCAUGCACGACGUCGAGGGUCUGUGGAAAUACCACCGCACCCACCAUCUCACCAAGCACCCCAACCCGCUGCUAUCCCUCUACGCCGACACGGAACAGGAGAUCUUCGACAUCGCAGGGAUUCCCCUGCUGGCAUACUGGUCGCUCAAGCUGAUGGGGUGCCCCAUGGGGUUCUACGAGUGGUGGAUCUGCCACCAAUAUGUCAUGUUCUCCGAGCUGACCGGCCAUAGUGGGCUGCGCGUCUGGUCCACGGCGCCUUCGACCCUGAGUUGGCUCCUGCGGCUCACGGGGACGGAGCUCGUGCUCGAGGACCACGAUCUGCAUCAUCGCAAGGGGUGGAAGCAGAGCGCCAACUACGGCAAGCAGACCCGUCUCUGGGAUCGGCUGUUCGGGACCUGUCGCGAGCGGAUUGAAUGCCGACCGGAGAAUGUGGACUGGGAUAGACCAGUCCCAAUGCCUAUCUUCUAGCCUGGGUGGGAGGCGAGUGGUUGGUGGAUGGACGGCUGUGGGGGGGGAAGUGGUUGGCCCGUUUUUUUUGGAUUUCUGAAGAGUGGUUUGAUAUUGGGAUCUCUGGACCUUGUCACGAAUUACUCUUGCCAAUGAACGACGUUUCGGACCUCGUUGCGCUG